CUAUCAGCUGCUGGAGCAGGAAGGAAGUCUGCUCUUCAGCUAAUCGUGCCUGGGGGGCUCUACGUGCUUGCCUUCAGAAAAUUCGCAGCUCGAUGAGUGUGUUGAUGGCGGGUGCGGCUGCUGUUUAUGUCUUUCCGAAAGCGGCAGAGCCAGGGAAUUCGAGCUCUAAAGGCUCGGGGGAGUGUCCAGCUGCUCUCUGAUGUUCCCCCUCAGGAAUGCGAAACGCAGAUAAAGAGGGGGGAGGACAGUGCUUUCUCUCCAAGUCAGCACGGGCCUUUUUCAGUUACGGAGAAAAAAGCUUUGGAAUCCUUGUUUGCAGAGCAGGGGCCGUUUGCCCCUGGUAUUGCGGUUGAUUGCGUGCCGACACCAGCGGUCCCUGCCCCACCUGCGCCGUGCUUACACACUGCACGCGGUUUAGGCGUCUCCACGGACGUUAGUGUGCCAUCGGCGGCCACUGGCCCUCCGGAGGCUCCGAAGAUCAUGGAGGGAGAAGAGCUGCCCGGGCUUUUGGUAAACGAAAUUGGAGGAAUGCAUGGGAUAUUGCAUGACCAUGUGGAGUUCCUGAAGAAGCAUUUCUGCCUCAUCACUAUGAAGGAAUUUCUUGAAAACAAAAAGAAUAUGAGUAAGAAGGUCCAAGCAGUCUAUUUGUGGUGGCACAGACCUGUCAUUGACAAAGACCUCCUCCAGAGCCUGCCAAACUUGAAAGUGAUUGCAAAUUCAGGAGUUGGAAUGGAUCAUCUGGAUCUGAAACUUAUAGCCAGCUUUGGUGUGAAAAUGGCUAAUGCUCCAUGUGCUGUCUCCAGUUGCACAGCAGAUGCAGGGAUGGCUUUGCUGCUGGCAUCUGCUAGAAGACUAGUAGAAGGUUAUCAUCUUGCUGUUUCCCCGGGUAUGGAGUACAAUGAAGCUGAUUUUCUUGGAGUUGAAGUUACUGGAGCUACUCUGGGGAUCAUUGGCAUGGGCAGCAUUGGGUAUAAGAUUGCUCUGAGAGCCAAAGCAUUUGAAAUGAAGAUUUUAUACCACAACAGAACACGGAGGAAAGAGCAGGAAGAGCAAGCUGUUGGUGCCAUUUACUGUGAAAAGAUAGAUGAUCUGCUCUGCCAGGCAGAUUUUGUGGUGGUUGUAGUGAGCCUGACACCUCAGACGCACAAACUGAUUGGAAAAAGAGAGAUGGAACUGAUGAAACCCACAGCUACUCUCAUUAACAUCAGCCGAGGUGCUGUGGUGGACCAAGAGGCACUGGCAAUAGCUCUGCACACUGGUGUUAUCAGGGCUGCAGCUUUGGAUGUCACCUACCCAGAGCCACUGCCCAGAGAUCAUCCAUUAUUAAAAUUGAAGAAUGUAAUAAUAACACCUCACCUUGGCAUUAAAACAGACAAGGCUACUCGCAUGAUAACAGAGGAAGCCGUUGAAAACAUAUUAGCAGCUCUUACUGGUCUUCCUAUGCCUAGUGAAGUGCUCCCUAGCUGAAGAGCAAACGGAGUUCUAAAUAUUUUUAUUCUUUUCCUUUCUCCAAUCAGCUCUAAAUGCUUUUUUUUUUUUUUUUUUUUUUUAAAGAAAAUUGUUUAGAAUGAGUAGGGAGAACUCUGGCUGAGUCUCACAUGUAAUGAGACCUUUAACAUUUUAGUUUUCUUGUGGAGGAACAAACUGCUUUUCAGUUUCAGCUACGGAUAAAUGCACGCAGGAUUUAACAGGCUCAGGGAGAAAUAACUUCUGAUUGCCUACUUACUUGUAGCUUUUGAAAGGCUCCCUAGAAAUAAUGUUUUAAUUUGCUUACUGGUGAGAGAAACAGGACUUCACAAGAUGUAACAGAUCACUUUAUAGUUAUUUUUAUCUUUAUAUAGUUAUAGUUUAUUAAAAAUAGGUUCAAACAUCAGCGUUCCUGGCUGACAGGUCCUUGUUACCAAGACUAAUUGUUUUAAAGGUGCUACCACGGAGUCACGAAACAAGAAAAAAUGUCUCAACAUUCUGUACUAUUCUUAGAAAGCUUUGGAAAUUGUAUUUGGAAAUUGUAGGGAGAGAGUUAAUACAAAGGGGAAAAUAGCAAUUUUACAUCAGUAUUUAAAAAAAUAUAUAGGAGUCCUAAAGAAAACAUCUGUUUAGAUUACACAGUUCAUUCAUAUUGUAUUAGAUAUCAAAACAAACAAUACAAGCUGCCUGCUAGAAAUAUUGCUAACCUUCUGUAUGGAAGUCUCCUUUUAAAGUAGCACCUGAGACCUGAAAUGCUGAGGCAGAAAAACAGUGUUCAGAAACAUACUCAGAAUCAUUUAUUAAAAGCAGAUGAUUGGAGCUGACAGUUUGAAAUAUUAGUUGCAAACAACAGCACUAAUAAAAAAUAGACUCCAAGAUGGACAUGCUGCCAUGUUUGUAAUACCAAACUUAUUUGAAUUCUACCUUUAAUAUUUUCAGCUUAGCAGAAAAUAUUCAGAAGAAUGCUUGUAAAACUCCAUCACCAUUCUGUAACUCAGAAGGAAUGCAAAAAAUGUUUGGGAAAAAAACAAACACCAUUAAAGCCCAAAUCAAUGAUUUCCUUUGUGUCACUGCUUCUGCAAGAAUAACUGUAUUUGAAGCAAGAUAUAACAGUGAGCAUCAGUAUUACAAAGAUCAAAAAUAGCAACUUGACAAAUGGUUUUUAAGACUGCAGUUAUCAUAGUAAAAAAGCAAUAUGCCAUGGCUUUACCAUGCUAGAAACAGCGUAUCUAAUACAAUUAAUUAUUUCAAAUUCCACAGGAAAACUAUCUCUUUGAAUAGAAGAAAGUUCAUCCACCUCACUAAAACCUAUGUACACUCUGUUGUCUUAAAGUACAAAUAAACUACCAAUGCACAACUCAAA